UAGCUCAGGCUUUGAAACGUGUGUGGGCGGGUUUGCUCCAUACCUGUCCUGCUGUUACUAUGGUGAUGGCACUCUAUCCAUGACUGACCCACCUCAGAGGGAUGAGGAGGGAAGAUGGCAGUGGCGCGAGGCUCCAUCCAGCACCACCAGAAUGAACCAGGUCAGGAAGCCAUGGAUCCUUCAACCACUUCAGCCACUGCCUUGACCAAGCCACCCAGCUUCCAUUCUCCACUCCAGUCUGCCAGAGAGGUCAAACCCAUCAUUCCUUCAGCAUUCUUGGCUUCUGUAGCAAGCAUUCAAGCUCAAGCACAGAAACAUUUGUUCGCCGCUAUAACCUGCGAACGGGCCAAGCGCUGGUUUCAGGCAAUUGAACAUUAUAGAAAGCUAUUAAUUUCCUUGAGCCAAAAGAAGUUUCCAUCGCAAUAUGUACCUGGUCCUGAAUGUACCAAGCUGGUGUUUGAAACCUAUUAUCACAUAGGUGUCGCUUUCCAGAAAGUAGAUUACCACCGUGAUGCUUCAGAGGAGUUUACAAAUGCAAUAGAAACUGGAAACCCUUCCAAAGUUGGCUGCAACAUGGCCUGUGCUUCCAUUCCUUUCUACCAGACACCUGCAUAUGCAAGGAGAGCUUAUGCGUAUGUGAAAUGUGACAAAAUUAAAGAAGCCAUAGGUGACGCUACGAGAGCUGUGUAUUUAGACCCUUCAAAUCCUGAUGUGUACUGUGUCAGAGCUCUUGUAUGGAGCUCAGCAAAAGAAAAAAGAAGAGCCCUUCUUGAUUUGAACCUGAGUUUCAGGAUAAAUCCAUCUCACGUGUGCACUUUAAUCUUAAGAGGGGCCAUUUUAAAAUCGCUUGGUGGAUUGUCUGGUUCAGAUCAAAAUAAAGAUCAUAAAAUGGCCUCUCAACUCUGCAGGGAGAGUAUUAAUUACUUUGACGUGGAAGAUUUUCAUAGUCCUAAAAUGCCCUCUUUCUAUGACAAAUUCCUGUGGUCUCUAAAUGCAUUCCACACAAUAACAGAAAUCAACCUGUUUGCUGGAGCAUCAUUCAUGCCCAAGUCAAAACAAUCAAGUAUGAUUCAGAAAGACACCAGGAAACCAUUUAGAUGUGGGUGUGUACCACCAUAUUCUAGCAACAGCAGCGAGAGCAGCAACAGCAGCUUGUUAUUAUGGAGGAAAAUAUCUGCAAGAUCAGGCGUGGGGUCAGCCACAGGAGUUAAUGGUACAAGAUAAAGCAUCAAGAUCUGUGCUCUAAAAUUCACCUCACUAUUGAAAACCACAUGCAUGGUAUUUGAUGUAGCAACAGAGAAACACAUACACAGAAGGAGCAGUACUCAGCUAAUCAAAGGAAGAAUAAAUAGACUAUUUUUUUCUUUCCUGUUAUCUGAUUGUCCUGGUGUCUAUGUGCUCACAGCUGUCAUACAGAAAAUGGCCAAUUCCUGUCUUUAUGCAUGUUUCACGGUUUGUUUUUUAAAGAAAAAACCUUAGGGCCAUAAAAUUAAUGCCCAUGACCUUUCAUAUUUGUUGAUCUGGAGGCAAGAUGAGAUCAUCACUGCUGACAAUGGGGGAUGGGAGUGACAAAUUGCUUAUUAAUAAAGUUUGUAUGUUCACAGUGGGGCAGUGUUACUUGAGAAACCAUCUGGGGGGCACAGAGGAGCAAUUAUAUCAGUGCAAGUAGUGUAAAUGUCAAAUUACUCCAUGCAAUUUAAGUCAGAGGGAUCCUGGCCUGCAUCUUUUAACAUGGUAUAUUACAAGCAUUACAAGUGUUACACCACAUGUAAACACACUUGUAUUGCUGGUUCAGCACACCUUAAUAUCAGAGUUUGGAAGUAACUAUUUAAAAGUAAUGCUUUACCAUGAGACUAGUUUCUUUUGGGAAGCUACUGAUGCAACUGGCAUUUACAUUACCUUUUAGGAGCAAUAAGUAACACCUAAGUUACAAGUAAUACCUGUUUACUUUAAAAAGAUGCAUUUAAAUGGUAUUUUAAGGGAUUUUAGAACCAUUUUGAUAGCAAUUCUUCAGAUUUUAUAACAUUCCUUUAUAUAUCCUAAGUGGCAGGACAGAUAUUCUGUGGUUUUGGUUUUUCUGUUUUUAGAAAUAUUUCCAAUGUGUAAUAUCAGAAUGAGCCACUACAGGGAACCCAAGAGUGAACUCUUAAGAACAAUGAUAAUAAAAACAGUUAAAUAUCAGCUUAUAGUAAUUUCCUUACUUUGUCAAAAAAUAAAUGA